ACCUCUCAGGCAGCACAAACUCACGGGCUGGCUAUCAUCCCCUGCUAGCUUCCCAAACUAAAAGUUAUAUUUAAAUUUAUGUUAGAGAAGAUUAAUGUUAUGCUUAGUGUCGUAGUUUGGGGUUUUGACAUCGUUUGUUCAACGUAGGCAGAGAGAAAGGGCUACCCAAGAGACAAACUCAGGGCAUUAAACCUAUCCAUAACGUGUGAUUUGUUUACAGAGUUGAGGCUGACAGGCAGCUGUGUUGCUCUGCCAGGCCUUUAACCACCACACCAGUGAUCACCGAAGACGACAGUGGAGAUUAAAUAGAUCCGUGGGCCGGUAAUGCAUUGAAUGAGGCAACAAUGGAGGCCACAGGCAGUGCCACUGAAGGCGAGCCCCUGAAGAGAGGAGAGGACGGGGCAGAGAUGGGAACAGCACCAUCAGCAACAGAGCUGAAGAAGAAGAGUUGUAAGGAAGGCUUGGGUUUUGUCAAACUGACCCAUUGGCGAACCGCAGCCUUCUUCUUCUCUUUAUUCCUCUGCCUCACCAUAGUGUUUGCCUUCUCAUUCAUCAUCCCAUGUCCUGUCAGACCACAGUAUCUCGUUACCUGGAACCGGACUUUCUCUGAAGCGGCAACGUAUGACUUCUUGGCUAUUGAAGAUGCAAGCAAAGACAAGGUGAUGGAUGUCGUGUUUGUCCUCAAAAACACACAAGGCAGUCAAAACAAUACGUGUGAUGAUGCAGGUCUGCCCUCGCCAUGUGUGUUUGUUGUAGCAGUGGACGGGACAGAUGGAGAGACGCUGUGGGAGCGUCCGCUGGCUCCCGAGUUCCACUGGGCCCAGUGUGGUCUGGACAAAGAAACAGGCAAAAUGUGGGACUGUCUCCUAUCCCACUCUGACCAACUCACAGCUGUUGACAAACACACUGGUGACGUCAGGUGGCAGCAGCCUCAGCCUCCUGGUCUGCACAGCACUGUGCCUGUUCUUAGUGUCCCAGAUCUGGAUGGGGACAAGGUCAGCGAUGUGGCUCUGGUGGCAUCUAACAAAACACAGACUCGGCUGCUAUUCCUCUCAGGGAAGACGGGUGUCCAGAUUGGUUCUACGGUUGUUCUUGACUCCACAGAGACAGCCAAUCAUCUUCUCUUUUGCACUACAGAAGGUUCCUACUAUGUACUACUACAAACAGACACUGGCUUGUAUGGACUGGCACUGUGGAGGAUUGCUGCCAAAGCUAAAGCAGGGAUGGAGGUGGGCCUCAAGAAGGAUAAGCACUGGGAGAAGAAUGCCAGUGCAACAUCCGGCCUUGUACCCAUCUACAAGUCGGAUUCAGUAAGACAAGUGCUAAGAACAGGAGAAACAGACGAUUCACCCAACCUGCUGCUUGUGACUGGGAAGGAGGUGGCAUUAGUCGAUAGAAAACAUUUGCAGCUACUGUGGAGAUUCAAUACCAGCUCAGUCCUCAGUGAGCCCUCCUUUGGCCACUUUAACAAAGACAAUGUCCUUGAUGUUGUGAUCGAGGAGGAUGUCAGCAACUACACAAAGAGGGUAAUAAUUCUUGAUGGGAAGUCCGGUCAUGUGCUGUGGGAGGUCGACCUUUUGGCCAGUCCUAACUCACCGAGACCUGCCUCAAUACACACCACCAACUCCUUCUCGGUCUUUGUGUUUUGGGGCACGAUGCCCUCAGAGACCAACUCAUCUGAAACAUUCGCAAGUGACCAACAUUCUUACCUGCUCCACCCUCUCUAUUCUAAAGUCCUCCUUGAGUCAACCACUUUCAUGGACCACAUCAUAACAUUUAAAGCCACUCUGUUGGAGCAUGGACGCCAUGCUGCCUACAUCCUGCUGACAGGCCCUGGGACGGAGGGAGCAGAAGGCACUGUGGUCCUCAGCAAGCGAAAGAUGAAGCAGGAGGUCCCUGACAGCAAAGUACUCCGUAUUGGUACUGGCGGAAGUUCAGAGACAAAUGAGGACAUCAAAGAGGCCUUAAAUCGUCUCCGCUUUAGUGACUGGUGAAAGCACCAUCUGUAAAAUGUAGAGUGUAUCCUCAGCGUUCAAACCAUUUUGGCACAGCUGACUGUAUGUUAGCUUCAAAACCAAAGUGUUUACACUAACUAUGACUUUCCACACUACUGCUGACAACCAAAACAUUUAGAGGGUUUAGUUGGGUUUGCUUCAGUUAAUCUCCAUUGGGCAAACUGGGCAUUAUCUGUUUUCAGACUUGACUGCAUACAUACUAUCAUAUAUUUGAUCUGAGCUAGUGUCCAAAGAGCUACUGUUCCCUGACAAUGGCAUAGCAUUUCUGCUCUUCUCCUGCUGAUAAAUCAUCAAGAGGACCUGCCUUGCUGUACUGUUUCUAGCACUUUCAUGCAUCAACGCAAGGCUCUUUUUUAAUUAUUAUUUGAAUCUAUGCAACUGUGUAUGUCGCACUGGGCUUUAAAAGAAGUUGAUGCAUCAUGCCACCACAGGGGAUAGUUCCUGUGUAUUUCAAAUUAUAGUAGCUUGAAAGGAAUGGUUGCACUAUGACAGGGUUUUUCUUUUGGUACAUUUUCUAAAACCUGUACAGUAAAACAGACAGAUGCACACUGAAACUUGAAAUACGACGGAAACCCCACCAACCUUAACGUACACACUAUGUUGUUACAUUUCUUGUUACGUAUUCUGUUCGUGAUAGUAGUUAGGCUGUUUUGUAGUAUGGUAAUGUUGUCAAUCAUCAAUACAUGUGUCCCUUACUUGCUCAAUCCAAGAGGCUGUAACUAGUGAUGCUCUUUAAUGCACACUGACUAAAUCUUUCAGGAACUCAAUGCUGAGUAGGCUGUCUGAGUAUGUUUUUCAUGAUAUUGAGUUACUGCUGUGCAUGUAUUGUUCUUUAUGAAGCUGUUUUAUUUCUCUGUGAUUUCUAUUAGUUAAAUAAAUGAAAAGGAUGUUCCUAUUUUUGCUGUACAUUCAUGUAUUGAACAUGUGGGCCUUUGUUGGAGCUGGCUUUUCCUUCUGAAUUGUUUGAAUUUGAGCAAUAUUAAACAGUUUUAAAGUAA